GGAUAGUCAAGUAAAAUUAUCAUCUUUAAUCUCUCUCUUGACGCUUAUAUGAAAGAUUGUGAAGAGAUUAUUUCUUUGAAGGGCUGCAGAGAAUUGCUUUGAUAAGCUUGUGCUUGAUUUAUGGGAGCUGGAGAAUGAGUACCUGCGGCGGUGGCGACAUUCCCAUUCCUAUGAAGGACUGCGUGGCGGAGCUGCUCAUGUUCAUUCUGCAGUCUUCCAUAAAAGGAACUCUAGACUUCGAUUUGGGUCUCUCUGGUGGCUUCUGCUCUGCUCUCCUUCAACAUGAUCCUUCCACUUCCAACCCGUUAUCACACUUCACAGCAGGAGUGCCUCCAUAUCCUUUAUACAAGCGUUUAGCAUCAGCUUUGUGGGAAUCCCUGUGUUCUGGCACCUUCUGUCCAAAUUAUAGGAGAAUGUCAAUGAUGACUGGAGAAAGUUCUUUGAAGCAGAAAGAGCAAGAAUGGCUGAAGCUGAUUAUGGAUAAGGGGUUAGAAAUGGUGCAGCAGAUACUGAAGACUGUAAUCCUUGAACUUUAUGUUGAUGAGCCUUUCUUUACGCAGCUAAAAGAUGGCCAAAAAUCAAUUGAAGCAAAGUAUGAUUUGGGCAAAUAUGAUAGACUUGAACCAGGAAUGCUAAUUAUGUUCAAUAAAUGUCUUGUAUUUGAAAUCUCGGAUGUUCGCCGGUAUGUGUCAUUUUCUGAUAUGUUGGAGUCUGAAAAUCUUCAAAGCAUUCUGCCUGGCGUUGAAAGCAUAGACGAAGGUUUGCAAAUUAUAAAAUAUUUGAACAUAGAAGACGAAGAAAUGGCUGACUGUGUUCUUGCUAUCUGUAUUUCAAGCGUGCCAUUUCAGCCUUACAUUUCCUUUGCUUCAAUAAUCUCAGGGCUGAGUUAUGAAGGUCUUCAAGCUCUUCUAGGUUUGACACAUACCACAGGAACGGUUGCUGAUGCGCUUCCCCCACCAAGAUCAGCUCUUUUAUCAUCAUUUAUGAUUCCAUAUAAACCCGAGGGUAAAGGCAUAAAGUUGACUAUUGGAGCUAAGGCCUUGGCAAAGCACCACCAUAGAUCCAGCUCUAAAUAUUGGGGUACUUGUGAUGGAAAUGAUUAUGAUAAGAAUAAGCUUGCUAUGAAUAGCAUUCUUGACUUGAUAGCUCAUUGUUGCUGGUUGAAUAUUCAUAUUGUUCCACCACAUGGGAUAGUUUUCGAGAUAAGAAUAGCAGAAGGGUAUGGUGCCAGAUGGUCAAAAGAUGGAAACAAGUUCAUUGGAUUUCUGGAGCCAUACAUGGAAGAUGGACAUUUGAAGGGAUGGAAGCACUAAUCUUCCUUUGAAGAUGAUUUUUUAAGGUAAGCUGUUUCGAUUUCAUACGAUACUAUCGGUUUAUCAUGCUACAAUUUGCUGAUCUUAGCUUCAGAAAAAGAGUACCCAUCAUUUCUCAGAAAUCCUACCAGAUUCCUUCAUUCUUUUUUCUCUGAUAUAUGUAUAGAACUUCAUCUGGGUUUGAAUCAUAUUGAGAUGUGUACUGAUUCUUUCGGGAUUCUUUUCAUUACUAUACAAUGGCCGCAGUUUAGAUGGGUUAGAUACAUAUCUUUAAAUUAUAAAGUUCAUUUUAUUCCGUC